AUGACAGAACAAAAGAUCACCCCCUUCGAAGUAUCCGGCGGGGUGGAUGAGUCUGGCCAAAUAAAGCCGGUCGACUACGACAAGUUGAUUCGCGACUUCGGUGCCACGCCAAUUUCGCCCGCAUUACUCGAGAGAUUCGAAAAGGCAACUGGCCGAAAACCCCACAGAUUCAUGCGCCGUGGAAUAGUGAUAUCCCACCGCGAUCUCGAAAAAAUCCUGACCAAGUAUGAAAAGGGCGAAAGAUUUUACCUCUACACUGGGAGAGGGCCGAGUAGCGACAGCAUGCACGUCGGGCACAGCGUCCCUUUUGAAUUCACGCGCUGGCUACAAGAAGUCUUCGACUGCCCCCUCGUGAUCCAGUUGACAGACGACGAAAAGUUCAUGCACUCCAAAACCAUUAGCAUGGACGAUGCAACUCGAUACGCGAGAGAAAAUGCCAAAGACAUCAUUGCGCUGGGCUUCGACCCGAAAAAGACGUUCAUUUUCUCGGAUUUUGAGUAUAUGGGAGGUGCAUUCUAUCGCAAUGUUUGCUUUGCAGCGAAACAUGUCACGCUCAACCAGAUAAAAGGGGCAUUUGGGUUCAAUGACAGCAACAAUAUCGGUGAAUUCCAUUUUCCCGCCACACAGUCUGCACCUUCGUUCGCAACGAGUUUCCCACAUGUCUUUGGCACCGAUGCAAAAAGUGUGCCGCGGAUCCUGUGCCUAAUCCCGUGCGCAAUUGACCAAGAUCCCUACUUCCGUGUCUGUCGAGAUAUAGCGGAGAAGAUGAAAUAUGAGAAACCAUGCCUCAUCCACUCUCGCUUUCUUCCAGCGUUACAAGGUGAAGGGACAAAGAUGUCUGCCAGCGUCGAUUCGUCUGCGAUAUUCUUGACCGAUACACCUAAUGCGAUCAAGAAGAAGAUCAACCGCUUCGCAUUCUCCGGUGGGCAGGAUACCGCAGAGAAACAACGGGAGCUGGGUGGAAGAACGGACGUCGACGUGCCAUACAAGUACCUCACCUUUUUCUUGGAAGACGAUGAUGAAUUGGCGCGGAUCAAGGAACAGUACGAGAAGGGCGAGAUGAUGACUGGAGAGCUCAAAGCACUCUGCAUCAAGGAGUUGCAGCAGUACGUGGGCGAUUUUCAGGAAAGGCGAAAACAGGUGAGCGACGAGGUGGUUCAUGACUUUUUCAGCAGAAAGGGGUUGCUAUUUAGAGGUGUCCCAGCGGACCAGAAGACGGUAACAGUGGGUACCGCGACGGAUAAAGGCGCAGCCAAAGAGAACGGGCCAAAGAAAGAGCUUCCGGUGCGGUGA